UUCAGAUUAGCUAAACGUACACUCUGGUCAGUGCUGUGCUGUACAAACGACGGAAGGUUUGUUCCCUUAUUCUCUCUUCUCCGGAGUUAAAGAAUGGACUGGAAGCGAUUCAAGACUUUUGCGUCUCCUUCAUAUCUCAGUCUGACUCGCCGGAGUUUCUUUGGAUUCCGGCCAAGACAACUAGCCUUUCGCCAGUUCCGUCAGUUUCCGGCUCUUUAACUUCCAAGUCCUCAAACGUAAUCCCCUGUGAAACGAGAUCCUGUACUUUUGGAGAUGGAUCGGCUCAUUCUGCUAGUGAACAUUGUUUGUGCUUGAGCUUGAGUUGUAGUGGCAAUGGGGCAUCUGUCGUCUCUUUUCAAUGGAUGGGCGAGAUCUUUUUCCGUCAGAAAGGGGAAGAAUUGUGGGAUUGACGUUGGAAGGGAAGCUGUUGAAGAAAUGGCGAAAGAAGCAACUAAGAACGAUUUGAUAUUGCGUUCUCCAGGGAUUGUUAAUGUUGAUGGUUCAAACAAUUUUGCCUCUGUUUUCUCCAAGAGAGGAAACAAAGGAGUGAACCAAGACUGUUUAAUUGUGUGGGAGGAAUUUGGAUGCCAAGAAGACAUGAUCUUUUGCGGGGUUUUUGAUGGGCAUGGUCCAUGGGGCCACUAUAUAGCAAAAAAAGUCAGGGAAUCGAUGCCGUCAUCUCUACUUUGCAAUUGGCAGGACAUCGUUGCUCUAACUUCCCUUGACCCUGAUUUUGACAUAGGAUCGGAUAAGAAACUUCAUAAAUUUGAUAUUUGGAAGGAAUCCUACAUAAAAACUUGUGCAUCCAUUGAUCAGGAGCUUGAACGGCAUCGUAGGAUUGAUUCCUACAAUAGUGGUACAACCGCGUUGACAAUUGUGAGACAGGGUGAAGAAAUUGUUAUAGCGAAUGUUGGGGACUCUCGUGCUGUGUUGGCUACCACUUCUGAUGAUGGAAGCUUGGUACCAGUUCAACUUUCCAUCGACUUCAAGCCAAAUUUACCUCAGGAGGCUGAGAGGAUAGCACAAUGCCAAGGGCGGGUGUUCUGUUUAAAGGAUGAACCUGGGUUGCACAGGGUCUGGCUGCCACAUGAGGAAACACCAGGUCUGGCAAUGUCUAGAGCAUUUGGAGACUAUUGUGUAAAGAACUACGGAGUUAUUUCUGUCCCUGAAGUCACACAAAGGAAUAUAACCAGCAGAGACCAAUUUGUUGUGCUGGCAACAGAUGGGGUGUGGGAUGUCAUCUCCAACCAAGAAGCAGUGCAGAUUGUUUCAUCAGCUCCAGAAAGAGCUAAAUCAGCAAAACGGCUGGUUGAAUGCGCAGUACGUGCAUGGAAAUGUAAGAGACGUGGAAUUGCAAUGGAUGACAUUUCAGCCAUUUGUCUUUUUCUCCACUCUUCCUCAUCCCAUCAGCCGGUCGAGCCCAUAUCCCAGCAGGAAACAGCCUGAAAAUGAACAAGAAUACCAUGUUCUCUUUCAAGUUUGCCUCUCUGUUUCACCAGCUAGCCAGUGUGGAUACCUCUGUAGCCCAAGGUCAAGAGACAACCAAGUCCUUCGCAACAAAGCAAGCAGUGAAGAGCCUACUGCCCCCAACUUAAGAGAGGAAAAGAAUUUCUCUUACAAUCCCAAUCAGCCUUUUCUUCCAUUUGAUUGGGUCCACAGGCAAACCCCUGAGUGCUUUGUUGUUGAGGAUUGGUCUAGCCAAGGACUUUAAAAAGCUAGCUCAGGGUGAAACGAUGGAAAUGCAAUCUCAAAAUUACUCCAAAUAAGCAAUAUUCGGCAGAACCUCAAGGUGCCCACAGAGAGGCCAUAACAACACAAGUAGUUAUCUCUAAAUUUCAAUGUGGACUGAUUUUGAAAAAUAUAUGCAUUUAUUUAUUGCUAAUAUUAGUAUUUCAGAAUGACAAAUGAUUGAUUGUGUUAAUGGAAUCAUGGUGACUGAACUUUUGUAAUUGUGUAAUUUCCUUAAAACUCUUCCCAUUUUUUGUAAUUAUACUUUUCAAAU